AUGUACGGAUCCAGUCGCCACCAUCUUGACUCGUUCUCGUCGAACGAUGGUGGAGCGUUCUUGGUGCAAGUCGGCUCCCGCACAUUCGAGGCUCACGAGCUGCAGAAGUUGAUUCCACAGUUGGAGGAGGCGAUCACGAGGAAGGAUGCACAGUUGAGACAGCAACAGUCGAUUGUCGAGGGACAUAUUAAGAGGAUCUCCGAGUUGGAGGGAGAGGUUACCACGCUUCAGAGAGAAUGCGACAAACUGCGUUCCGUACUCGAACAGAAGGCUCAAUCGGCGGCGAGUCCCGGUCAACCACCAUCACCAUCUCCACGUACCGAUCAACUCGGAAAUGAUUUACAACAGAAAGCAGUUCUUCCGGCUGACGGUGGUGGCGCCCAACGUGCCAAGAAAAUCGCCGUGUCCGCUGAGCCAACGAAUUUCGAGAAUAAACCGGCGACACUUCAACACUAUAACAAAACUGUCAGUGCGAAGCAGAUGAUUCGAGAUGCCGUGCAGAAGAAUGACUUUUUGAAACAGUUGGCGAAGGAGCAGAUUAUCGAAUUGGUCAAUUGUAUGUACGAGAUGAGAGCACGUGCCGGACAAUGGGUUAUUCAGGAGGGAGAACCUGGAGAUCGUCUUUUCGUCGUCGCUGAGGGAGAACUGCAAGUGUCUCGUGAAGGAGCACUUCUUGGCAAGAUGCGUGCUGGAACAGUGAUGGGCGAGUUGGCUAUUCUCUACAAUUGUACAAGAUUUACGAAAGUUCUUGUCAAUUUUGUUCUUCUUGAUGAAAAACGUCAUUCAGAUCCCGAAUUGGUUUCCUGUAGGUACCUACUGUCGGAUGAUCUGAAAAUGAGACCUAGACCAGAAGCCCCUUCGAAUUUCUCUGGAAAUCUUGUCAGUGGCAGCUUCGCCUCUUGA